AUGGCUGCAAUACAGGUGGGCAAGUCGGGCCGCCAUCAGACGACCUACCGGGCAGUGGCGCUUCAUUGCUUGCAACGUCAGCCCCAAAACAGGCCGCCAGCGAUCCUUGUGGAGGCGCACCUGGAGCGCCUCAUGGCCGCCGUCGCGACGGCAGUGCCGGUGGCGACGCCGCCGUCAUCACCGUUGAUGUUGUCGCCGCCGCCGCCGCCGCAUCCGCCGCAUCCGCCGCAGCGCAUGCCGGCGGCUCUCAUCAGUCCGGUCUUGCAACAGCUGGGCUCUCUAGCGACAGGAGCAGCAGGGGACUCUUUCACGGGGUCGAGUAUGCUGCCGUCGACGCAAGGCCACGGAGCCGGGGCCAGCAGUGAAUACACACUGGCCGAAACGUCAGAGUACGGUAACCCGGUGCGGCCGCCAUUUGCAUGA